AUAAGAGAAAGGAAAAAAAACAUAAUCAUUUGUCUUUCAAAUUUUGAGGAAUACGAAUGAAUAUCUCGGGAAAAUAAUUUAUUAAGUUUAGUGUGUGGAUAUAAUUAAGUAAACUAAAUGAUAAAGAUAUUGAAAUGUCUAUAAAAUAUUAUUAGAUAUGCUUUAAAAAUUAAAAAUUAAGCAUUAGUGCUUAAAAAUUAUUUAGUGGUGAACUUUGAAAGCUUUGUGUAAAAUUUCAAAAUCAUAGAUAUUUGGAAUAGAUCAGCCCAGAUCAUCCUUGCAAAGAGAGACAAAAUCAUUACAAAAUUACCUGUUAGAGUAAAUUAAAAAAAUCUCAAAUUAAAUUUAUGUCCUUUUUACAACAAAAAAAGGAUAUAGAAGUGAUAAAAGCACAUCUCAUCCUAGAGCAAAUUUUAAAACGUUAAUUAAACCCUAAUGGAAAUGGCCGGAGUCGAAGUAGCUUUCUUAUUUCAAUUUGGUAGUUUGCGUGAUAUUGUUUCAACAAAUGUUGGAUCCAUGACAUUGAACAAAUUAAAGGAAUUGGCGAGCGAAUUCAUCAAUUCUAAGGUGCCAGAUCAUGGAGUCAAUCAUCUCUCAGAUCGUUUGCUGCUCUUCCGUCAUGACUAUAAUUCCAAUAAUAUAUUGCAAAUGAUAAAUUCACCUUCAGACAUAACUGAUGAGACUCUUGUAGAAAUUGUUUUGACUGCUAACCCUGUCGUUUAUAAUUCUUUGGAUAAUGAAAUUCCUUUAAUAAGACCCCAUGCACUUGUUGUUCAUUCCUAUAAAACCCCAACAUUUUGUGAUUUUUGCGGAGAAAUGCUUUUUGGUUUAGUUCGUCAGGGAUUAAAAUGUGAAGGAUGUCAACAAAAUUAUCAUAAGCGUUGUGUUGUGAAAGUACCAAAUAAUUGUAGUCGUAUUGAUGUAACCAGAAGUCGUGUGAGUCAGGUGAGAAGUCCAUCAGGGAGCUCAAAUAAUUCGAACAAUAUUGAAGAUCAACAAUCUCCUUCGUCUUCUUUGCUUGUACCGAGCAUAAGAUUAUGUAACUCUUCUUCAAAUGGAAGUCGUGUUGGGUCAGUAUCAAGUCAAAGGAUGAAAAUUCCUCAUACUUUUCAAGUUCACACUUAUACAAGACCUACAGUUUGUCAGUAUUGUAAGAAGCUCCUUAGAGGACUUUUUAAACAGGGAUUACAGUGUAAUGACUGUCAUUAUAACGUCCAUAAAAAAUGUGUUGAACUUGUGCCAAAAGAUUGUGAAAAUAAUUUACAUAUAGAUGUAACAAAUGACGUUGGAAAUAGUAACACAACGAAUGAAGAACGAGACUCAGUCUUUAGAGAGGAAAAUGAAGACAGUGAUUUUGACGAAGCUACAUUUAAUAGUAAUUUUAAUGCUACAAAUCGUGACAGUUUACAAUCCUCCAUCAAUGCUAUAGCAAAACUUAAUGGAAGCAACAAAUUGGAUGUUAAUGACGACAACUUUGAUUCUGUUUCCGAACAAUCAAGACAUUCAGAUGCAUCCUCAUCGCCAAGUGCUAACAUUCCAUUAAUGAGAAUUGUGCAGUCAGUAAAGCAUACAAAGAAACGUGAUGGAAAGGCUAUAAAAGAGGGGUGGCUUGUUCAUUUCACUAAUAAAGAAAAGACUAUUAAAAGACAUUAUUGGAGAUUGGAUUCGAAGGCUAUAACGUUGUUUGUAUCUGAUCAAGGUAGCAAAUACUAUCGCGAGAUUCCUCUAAAUGAAAUUUUGACCAUAGAUACAGCUCGUAAUAUGCAAUCAGAUGUCUUGCAUUGCUUUGAAAUAAGAACUGCAAAUGUGGACUAUUUUGUCGGACAGGAUCCGUUGUAUAAUCUCAAGGAAAAUGAAGCACUACUAACAUUACCUCCUCCAGAUUCAGGUGUUGGAGCAUAUCUUGCGAAAAGCUGGGAAACAGCAAUUCGUCAAGCAAUUCUUCCCGUUACCAAUUGUACAACAUCAAAAGAUCAAUUAGGCGAGCCAGAAGAAAGAAUAACAGAUAUAAGUCAAUUAUAUCAAAUUUUUCCUGAUGAGGUUUUGGGUUCUGGCCAAUUUGGUAUAGUUUACGGUGGAGUUCAUAGAAAAACUCUUAGACCUGUUGCUAUUAAAGUCAUUGAUAAAUUAAGAUUUCCAACAAAACAAGAGGCACAACUUAAAAAUGAAGUUGCAAUUUUACAAAAUCUUCAGCAUCCAGGAGUUGUCAAUCUUGAGAGAAUGUUUGAAACGCCUGAAAGAAUAUUCGUUGUUAUGGAAAAACUGAAAGGAGAUAUGCUGGAAAUGAUUUUAUCAGUAGGUCGACUUAAUGAGCGUGUAACUAAAUUCCUUAUUACACAAAUUCUUGUGGCUAUUAAGCAUCUUCAUUCUCGAAAUAUCUGUCACUGCGAUAUGAAACCAGAAAAUGUUCUUCUUAGUUCAGAUGCUGAGUUUCCUCAAAUUAAAUUAUGUGAUUUUGGAUUUUCUCGUAUCAUAGGUGAAAAAUCAUUCCGACGAUCAAUUGUUGGAACUCCAGCAUAUCUAGCACCUGAGGUUCUACGCAAUAAAGGUUAUAACAGAUCAUUGGAUAUGUGGUCAGUGGGUGUAAUAAUUUACGUUAGUUUAUCUGGAACAUUUCCUUUUAACGAAGAUGAAGAUAUUAACGAUCAAAUUCAGAAUGCUGCGUUUAUGUAUCCGCCAAAUCCAUGGAAAGAAAUUUCAUCAUCAGCAAUCGAUCUUAUUAAUAAUUUAUUGCAAGUAAAACAAAGGAAACGUUACACAGUAGACAAAAGUUUGAUGCAUCCGUGGCUUCAAGAUCACGUGACAUGGCAUGAUUUAAGAAAAUUGGAAACGCAAGUAGGUGUAAGAUAUUUGACACACGAAUCUGAUGACAGUAGAUAUGAAGAACGCGACGAACAAAAUGCGACUCAGCCAUGACCAAAUAAUGCAAACAUCGGAAGCGAUAAUAUUGAAAAUGAUAGCAAUAACAAAAGUCGCUUCAUGGAAGCAAUCUGUAAUUCAUUUCGUUCAUAUUUAUGUCGUAACGUAAAGGCCUAACUUUUUACUAGCAUUUAAUCUCAUAAUUUUAAUGGUAAAUUAAAAGAUACUGUUUCUUCUAAAGCUCAAAACAACGAAUUAGAUUGAAAGAAUACUCAACAUUCCAUUACUUUUAUUAAGUACCUUACUAUAAAUAAUCUCUUUCUGAAUAAAUAAAAAAAUCUUCCACUAUUUAUGAAAAAAGUAAAACAAAAAGAGAGUAAUUGGGAAAAUACACGUGUUAUAUUUUGAUAUUUUAGUGUCGUUUUAAAAUACUAAAAAAAAAAUCGAUAAAAAGAUAUGUCAGAUAAUCAGCAAUUUCGUGCAUUUCAUAUCGUCCAAAACUAUAGUGAAAAAUGAAUAAUGUCAUUAUUUUUGUCUUCUUUAAAUUUGAGUGAAACUUUUCACUUAUGUUAAUUAUUUUCUCUCAAAGUGCCUAACCAAAUGAAAAUAAUAAGAGUAAUAAUUCAAAAUAAUGAAAAGAUAUGCUGUGUAUAUUAUAUUUUGGGAAGACACCAGCCUUGAGAAAUUUCGAUUUUUAUUAAAAUGAAUUUCAACAAAAUAUAACUUUGAAGUAAAUAUAAUAGCUGUAGUCCUUCAAAACCUUAUUGGCUUAACUUUGAUGGCAUUAAGUUUUGAAUUGAAAACGUAACAGUAAAUGCCAAAAGUCCUAAAAAUACGGUUAUCAAAAAUAUUAAAAGACGAUCAACAACACUUUCUCAAGGUAUGGGUGCUUUAGUCAAAUUCAUUUUUAAGAGAACACCUAUCAUUCACAUUAAUUUAUCAAAAUUGUUCAUCUCAUUGUGUUGGAAAAUUUUUCAAAUCAUUAAUUACUUUUAAUGUUUUUUUUACAUGUUUCAUAAAUGGAGAACACACUUUUUAAAUGUUGAAUUCUUAAAACAAUUUAUUUUGAAUAUAUUGUGUAAACACUAACUGGUGAUAAUAAACAUUCUUUGAACACUUCUUCAGUUCAGAAUCUGGAAAACAUUAAAAUAUUUAUUUCUUAUCACUUUCAGCUUAAAGAUGAAUUU